AUGGUCGUCUUUGUCGAUCUGGACGAUGAGACCGAGCCGCCAGAGGUAGGUGGUCAUUGGGAUGUUAAGCGUUUUGGCCUUGGGAAUGUUGUGAGCGAGAAGGAGAAAGAUAAGGAGGAGGUGGUGGAAAAUGCGAAUGAGGAGAAGAGGGACAAUCCGAAUAGGAAUGCUUCUACGGAAGCAUUGGGAUGCUAUCCAGUCGUCAUUUCAAUAGCAUCCCACCUCGACCUCAACACCCUCGAUGCCCUCUCCCUCACCUGCCGCCAAGUUCGCGCCAACCUCCUCCAAUUCCGCACGCAGCUCCUCAACACAACCCUUCGAUGCUCAAAUGAGCGCAUACAAUCAGAUCCCGAGCGCACUCUUCGAUACCGUGCCAGGUCUUCAGAUUGGUACUUCGUCGAAGAAGGAAGAAACCGUGCUGGGACAGGCAAGGUUGGACAAUGUGCUCGGGAUCUAGUGGGGGGUUGCAGAAGUUGUGCAAUAGAACUGCACGAUCAAACCCCAGCCCCUGUUCUCCUCCGCUAUCGUCACCGCCGCAUCUGCACAGCAUGCUCUCGAGUUCCACUGGGUUACCUCGUCGAGCAAUCAUCCGAACAUGAGCACACUUCUUCGGCAACCGCACCACUAAGUGGCGACAACCUCCACCGCACCGUCUGCGGAUGUGCUACGGACGUCGUCUGGCUCUGCCAACCCUGCGGCCGAAGCUUGCGAAGCGUCGACUCAGAAUACGAAAGCAUCUGGAAAUGGCGUACGCGCUACCUACCUUCACUCGGAGGUCUCGGCGUUGGCAUUGGGGAAGGAGACCGAGGUGUUCCAUGCGGUCGUGGAGGUGACUGUGUUGCUGCUCGUGAAGUAGAGCAAGAAAUCGACUGCGAUGCUGCGGACGCCAGGGAAAUCGAUAGCAAUAGUCGAGCUGCGAGUCCAUCGUCAAGUCCAGGCAGUUCGAUGGGACCUGGGUAUGCUAGACAUGAGAUUGAGGGAAUUGGAGGCGUGGUGAAGAAAAAGUUGGUUAGGAUGGUGAAGGUGGGAGCUUGUGUGCCGGAGUUAGGGGAUGAGAAAGCACAGGGGAAGUUUUUGGUAAGGGAGGUUGAAGGCAGGGCGAGGAGUUGGUGUGGGUGGUGUUGGAGGGUCAUUCCGGGCGUUAAGGAUGUUGUUUGA